AAAAAUAAAACAAACUCUCCACUUCAUAUUUGUAUUUAUUAUGAAUCCGGCCUCCACAUAUUUGCAGCGCCUGCAUUAGUUCUGAAUAACUUACUUUAGAAAGAAGAUAUUCGCAGGAAGCCCUUCCGAGUAAAUAAAUUUUAAAACCAAGAUUUGCGCGGAAGAAAUUUGUCAAGUUCUUCUUAUUUAAUCAAUUUUAUAACAGAUUUUUUCAUUUGUCAAAGGUCUUGCUACUUAGUUUGAGAGGAAGAUUUUUAGUUUUUAUAUAGACAUGGGAAUAGAUAAAGUACAAGUACAAGGUCAAGAUAAUGUGGAGAAGGCAUUGCACACAAUUGGAGAUGUGUUUGACAAAUUGUCAAGCAUUGUGAGUGAUAAUGAUCUGAAGGUGCUUCAAUUUGUGGAAGCUGUCUCUACGCUCUCAAAACUAUAUGGGUGUUUGGGUGUGGCCUUCAAAUUUGCAGAGAUAGAUUCUAAUGCCAAGCUUCGGGAUUUAAGGGAUGCAUCUCAAUCCUUUGAAACAUUCCAAGGUUUGCUGGAUCGUGAUGUGAAACGGAAGAGUGUGAGGAAGGCAGGAAGCCAUUCACGUAAUUUGCUAAGACUUAAGCAGGGGAUUGAGUUUGUCAAAGUGUUAUUUGAACAAAUACUUUCAACAGAGGAAAACUCUUUGAAGGAUUCAGCUUCAAUUGCUUAUUCACAAGUACUUGCUCCAUCACAUGGCUGGGCUGUUAGAAAAGCUGUGGCAGCUGGCUUGUAUGCUGUUCCAACAAGGGCACAACUUUUUAAAAAUCUAAAUGAAGAUGAGGAAUCUGCUCGAGCUCUAAUGCAUAGGUUUAUUGUAUCAUCAACUCCAGUUAUAGAAUACAUUAAUCGACUCUUCCUUGACAGAAAUAUAGGCAUAGAUUGGUGAAUACUUGUGCAAACAAGUUCAGGAUAUUUACCAGUUACUAUAAAAGAGGUGGCAGGGCUUGAUCGGACCUGAAUGUGGAACAUUAAUGUCUUUGCUAGGUUCUUAAAUAAUCAUUGCAAAGCCUUCUCGGCACGUUCCAUUUUAUUUUGCUAAUAUUUUUUAGUUACCAUGGACCCUUUCACAUUUAUCAUUCUCAAUCAUGAGGAGAUGCACAAGCCUCUUGAUUUGGAAUGCAAACAUAAAUUAAAGUUCAAACUUGCAGAAUUUUCAGGAUUUGCAGUAUUUUCUGGAUUUGACUGUGGUAAUAAAAAAAUCACGGUCAAACCCAGAAAAUACUGCAAUUAUGAAUAUGGACUGUGGAAAUUUCAUGAAUUUAAUUUAAAGUUCAAACUUCUUAAGGAGCA